AUGUGGUGGGGCCUUGUUGAUGUUGAUGCUGGUGGUGGUGCUGAUGCUGGUGGUGGUGUUGAUGCUGGUGGUGGUGCUGUUGCUGGUGGUGGUGCUGUUGCUGGUGCUGUUGCUGUUGCUGUUGCUGUUGCUGUUGCUGGUGCUAGUGCUGCUGUUGCUGUUGCUGCUGUUGCUGCUGUUGCUGCUGUUGCUGCUGUUGCUGCUGUUGCUGCUGUUGCUGCUGUUGCUGCUGUUGCUGCUGUUGCUGCUGUUGCUGCUGUUGCUGCUGUUGCUGCUGUUGCUGCUGUUGCUGCUGUUGCUGCUGUUGCUGCUGUUGCUGCUGUUGCUGCUGUUGCUGCUGUUGCUGCUGUUGCUGCUGUUGCUGCUGUUGCUGCUGUUGCUGCUGUUGCUGCUGUUGCUGCUGUUGCUGCUGUUGCUGCUGUUGCUGCUGUUGCUGCUGUUGCUGCUGUUGCUGCUGUUGCUGCUGUUGCUGCUGUUGCUGCUGUUGCUGCUGUUGCCGCUGCCGGUACUGCUGAUGUAACCGUUCGAGGCCCCACACAGUGGCGGCAGAGAAAGAAGACAAGUGAGGAUGGCACGACGGUGACCGAAUGGCUGAAGCGUCAGCGUCCAAGCGUGCGCGUGCGCGUGCGAGAGCCAGUGCCGUGGCCCGUGGUGCACCGCCCCAGCCACAGUUCGGGUGGAUCCACCAUCAGCCCUGCAUCUCGCAUCCUGCAUCCUGCCUCCUGCAUCCUGGCCCUCAGCCUGGCCCUCAGCCUGUGCCAAGGCGUGGUCUAG